GGAGGCGUCAACAUCCAAAAUGGCGUUGACUUCCUGAUUUCAUUGUAAGCUCUCUGAGCUUUUUAGCUUCAAAAAUACUGGCGUUUUUGGUGUAAAACACAAAUAUAUAAUAACCAAAGGAUUGCUGGUGCAGUACUCUUUGCAAGAUGAGUCGUCAUUCAGUUACGGAGCAGAAGUUGGCUGAAAAGUUAACAAUUUUAACAGAGCGAGGCAAAGGAAUGCUGACUCGAAUCUACAAUAUCAAAAAGGCAUGUUCUGAUCCAAGGUCAAGACCAGGAUUUCUUGUAGACAAGACUUUAGAGCCUGCUAUCAAGUAUAUUAUAAGGAAAUUCCCUCAAAUGGACACAAAGGCUCCUCAGCUUCAGCCAAUCAUCAGCAUCCAGAAUGAAGUCAUGAAAGGACUGUCAAACUAUUACUUUACUUUUGUUGACAUCAUGGAAUUUAAGGAUCAUGCAUGUGAGUUGCUUACAGCUAUUGAUGCAAGUUUUGUCAACUUUGACAUUACUCUAAACUAUGACCUCACUAAGACAUACCUGGACCUGAUAGUGACCUUUGUUGCAUUAAUGAUCAUGGUGUCACGUGUAGAGGACAGAAAAUCAGUUCUUGGACUGUUCAACCAUGCUUUUGAGAUGAGAAAUGGGAGAAGCGAGGAGUCUUUUCCAAGACUUGGUCAGAUGAUUCUUGAUUAUGAAAAUCCUUUGAAAAAGAUGUCGGAACAGUUUGUUCCACAUCAGCAGAGAGUAACUACAGCUCUGCAGUCUUUGCAUGAAGUCUUCCUCAGAAAAUCAAUGACUGGAGAGCAGUGGCGUCAGAACCAAGUUCUUAGUAUUAUUAGUACCCCUAAUACUAUAUUGAGUCCAGCGCUGAGUGAUAUUCCCCCUGUGGAAUACCUUGGAAUGAGUACAAUUCAGAAAUGGAUUAUAUUUGGUUAUACACUAUGCUACCAGCAGCUCAAUAUGCCAGGAAAGACAGAUAUCUGGAAGAUGGCGUUACAGGAUGGAUAUUGUAUGACACUAUUUAGAGAUGAGGUUCUUGUUUACCAUAAAGAAAUCUCCAGUCUUCUUGAUGGAAUCAGGGGAUAUGGUAAAAGGUUAAGAGAUGUCCAAGAUGCAUCCAAUCAUAUCUCAGCAAGUGCCGCGGUACAUAAAGAAAGAAGAAACUACUUGAGGACAUCACUAAAUGAGAUGGCUUUGAUACUAUCUGACCAACCAGGUCUUCUUGGUCCCAAGAUAUUAGUUGUUCUUAGUGCAUUGUCACUAGCGCAGGAUGAGAUCCAGUGGUUGAUACGACAUGUUAACACUGCACCCCCCAGGGGAAAGAAAAUUAGCCAAGAUGACUUCACUGAUAUAAAACUUGCAAAGCUUCUGCUAUCUGUUGAGGAGUUAAGAACCAUGGUCCAAAAGUAUUCAUCUGUACUCCAGCGAUAUUUUGUGCAAUAUUUAUCUGGCUUUGAUGUGGCAGUACUUAAGGAAGUUGUACAGAAAAUAUCAGUUUGUUCUGAGGACAUAUCUCUCAUUAUGACAUCAUUCAUUGACAUCCUAUCGAGCAUUUCUGUUAAACAAGUGGAAUCAGGGGAGGUGUUUGAUUUUAGUGGACUUCGUAUGGACUGGCAAAGGCUACAGGCUUAUACAAGUGUACGCGGUUCAUCACCUGAACUCAAGGAUAACAGAGAUCUGGCUAUUUUAAUGAAUAAUGUAUCAUUCCAUUCAAGUCUUGUUGACACACAAGAUGAUAUUCUGAAUGAAGUCUCUGAUUUAUCUAUCUUUUGCUUUUAUCCAAGCUUCUUUGAAGAAUCAUUUUUGAAAACCCUAGAGGAUCCCUUGCAGCGAAGGUACACUAUUGCCUUUCCUCUCAUCUGUGGCCAUUUCAUGUCCUGCACAAGUGAAUUCUGUCCAGAAGAGAGACACCCCAUAGGCGAUCGUAGUCUUUCUGCCAUUAAUCUGUUUCUGGAUUCAAUGGCAAAAGAGGCAAGAAAUCUGCUUAGUCAAGUGUGUACAGAUCACAUUGAUCUUAGUCAACAGUUAUGGCAUGAUAAAGCUGUAGGGCUGCUCUCUGAGAUGUCAGCUGCCAAGCGUAAGGACAACAAGAGUAAGAAGAAUGUCCAAGGAGGGUUUGUUCCUCCUGGUUCAGAAAGCUUUAGAAAGAACAGAGAGCAACUGAUGCCUUUGGAUGUCAAGUUACAGUCAUUUACAGAACUUUGUCUUGCUAUCACUCACACUGAAGCUAUUCCAGUCUGGGAGCACAUCUUUGCACCUAAAGAAUACCUCAGCAGUCAAUUGGAAGAAUUCUUUGCCAAGUCUGUUUUGAGUAUGGCGCAAUAUGACCAAGAUGCUGCUAAAAUUGCUCGACCUAGUGAGGUUUUACUCAAUGUUAAGGCCAUGAUGUCAACACUUAGAAUACUAGAAAAUUUUACCGGUGUAGAUACAGCACGAAUCUUCAAUCAUGUGUUACUACAACAAACUCAGCCACAAGACAGUCAAGGAGCCAAUACCAUCACACAGAUGUACACAACCUGGUAUUUGGAUGUGUUUCUUCGUCGUGUAAUGCCAGAUGGUAUCAUCUAUUCUCCUCGUCGUAAUGCGUUUGUUAAUCGUCCUGGUCUUGCCUUUAGAGCCGAAGAAUUCACAGAUGUGAAUGAAAUGAGUGCCCUGGCUGAACUGCUCGGUGCUUAUGGAAUGAAGUACUUGGGCGAGAAGAUGAUGCAGCAAAUUGCAAGCCAAGUGGGCGAACUAAAGAAACUUGUGAUCAGUAAUAAAGAAGUGUUGGUAGCAUUGAGAAACAGUUUUGACAAGAGAGAAGAAUCCAUCGAACUAAUACGAAGAUUAAGAAAUGUGGAAGAUGUUAUGCUACGUGUCAUAAUCAUUGGUGUCAUACUUAGCUUUAGACGUCUAACGCAACAAGCGCUUGCUACUCGGCUCCAGUCUCGUGUACCGUACUUAAUGAGUUGUGUAACAGACAUGAAAGAAAACUUCCCACAGGGAUCAAGUGAUCGACAGGUUGUAGAUGAGAUGGCCUCUGCGUCUGGUCAAGAGUGUCCUGUCGACCCUCUUCUUUGUGCUGCCUUAAGACCAUUGAAAGAGAAAAAGUCCGAAGAUGACAUCAUGGUAUGGUCACUACUGCAUGUCUUUAUCGCAGUAGCACUACCUUCUCUCGCUUAUAAAGACGCAACCCUGUUCAUAUGUGAACUCGAAGCCACGGAGAAUAAUGCUCAUUGCAUUGGUACAACCAUUAAUCAUCUGACGGGAGCCCUGUGUUAUAACAAUGGUGAUAACCCAGAGGACAGGCUGAGAGAGUUCUUAGCGAUCGCUUCUUCAAGCCUGCUGAAGCUAGGUAUAGAAACUGAAAAAGACUUGAGAUCAAGAGAGUCCACGUACUUACUACUGGACCUCAUUGUUCAAGAAUCGCCGUAUCUAACAAUGGAUGUGUUAGAAUCUUGUUUUCCUUAUGCUUUAUUAAGAAAUGCAUACCACGAAGUCUAUAAGAGAAGACGGGAAGGAACGAUAUAAAGCUCGUUUAUCGACCGAUUGGAAAACAAGAACGACCUGUAAAUACAUGAGAUACAACCCUAUAUGCGACAGCAAUCCAUGUAAAUCAGAGAUUCUAAAUACUAGUGGCGACGCUCUAUAAAGACUAACCAAUGGAAAAAAUACCACUAGCUUUUACUAAACUACGGUCCCUUGAACGAUAUGCAUUUGUCAAAGUGGACCAAGUGGAUCCAUGUUUUUGUAAAUGGAUGAUUAUCGGGGUAUAUUAAAUUUUGAAACUUUUAUAAGAUUUAGUAAGCUUUAGUGAGCGUGAAAUACUGUGUAUAAAUUCUGUACACAACAUAAUACAUUUCAUUCCUUUUAGCUCUACUCGGGGCUUUAUUACAAUUCACUUUUAUCCUCCCAACAGCCCUGGGAGGGGUCGGUGUUUUUGUUUUUUUUUUCUUGUAAAAUGCUCACCGUAUAUCUUGGUACAGAUAUAUCAACCGCAGUUCGGACCAAUUAACAAUUAUACCUCGAGGUCGAGUGGACUACGAGCUAAUAGCCCAUGAGGCCGAGUCCGCGAGGCCGAGAGGUCUAAUUGUUUUAGUAUAAACAUACUAAUCGGUCAAAUAAUGAAAACAAAUUGAAAUAUCCUUAAAAUAAUUUAUCAAUGAUAUUUUUUUCGCGAGUGGUCUAUCACAAAUUAGACCAUUAGUAGAGUAGCCAAUCACAGUGCAGUAUGAGUGAUAGACCAUUAGAAUGUUUAUACUAACUUGGUAUAGAUAGUGAGAGACUGUAUCUACAUAGUACCUCUUUUAUAUAAUAGUCAAUAAUAAAUCGAUUUUUUUAAA